UCUCCCUGCAGGCACCAUGUUGCUUUGGGGCGGAAGUAGCGGAGCCCGGGCUCGGCCCCCUUAAAACGACAGGGACGGCUGUAACCUUCGGCGCCUGGGGACGAAGGGUGAAGCGGCCGAGGCAGGGGGCAUUCUCCUCUCUUCUCCUCUGCCCUUGGAGGAGACGUCGUCAGUGCCCCAUGGCUCUGGGAGGCAUGUUCAGGAAUGCGGCGGCCAUCUAUUUGCACCUGGUGGGGCCCUUCCGGGGAAAGAAGUCUGGAGCUUCGCUCGCCCGGUGUUUGCAUCAGACUCUCGUCAUGACCAAACAGCUGCAGGCUCGAAGGCUGAAUGGGAUCGACCACAACCCAUGGGUGGAGUUUGUCAAACUGGCCAGUGAGGCUGAUGUCGUGAACUUGGGCCAAGGCUUCCCAGACUUCGCACCCCCAGACUUCGCCGUGGAAGCCUUUCAGCACGCCGUCAGUGGGGACUUCAUGCUCAACCAGUACACGAAGGCAUUUGGUUAUCCACCCCUGACGAAGAUCCUGGCCAGUUUCUUCGGGAAGUUGCUGGGACAGGACAUAGACCCGCUCAAGAACGUGCUGGUGACUGUGGGUGCCUAUGGGGCCCUGUUCACAGCCUUCCAGGCCCUGGUGGACGAAGGAGACGAGGUCAUCAUCAUCGAGCCCUUUUUUGACUGUUAUGAGCCCAUGACAUUGAUGGCAGGGGGUCGCCCUGUGUUUGUGUCCCUGAAGCUGAGCCCCAACCAGGAUGGGGAACUGGAUUCCAGCAGCAACUGGCAGCUGGACCCCACGGAGCUGGCCAGCAAGUUCACAUCUCGCACUAAAGCCCUUAUCCUCAACACACCCAACAACCCCCUGGGAAAGGUGUUCUCCAGGGCAGAACUGGAGCUGGUGGCCAGCCUGUGCCAGCAGCAUGACGUGGUGUGUAUCACCGACGAGGUCUACCAGUGGCUGGUCUAUGACGGGUGCCAGCACGUCAGCAUCGCCACCCUCCCUGGCAUGUGGGAACGCACCCUGACCAUUGGCAGCGCUGGCAAGACCUUUAGCGCCACAGGCUGGAAGGUGGGCUGGGUCCUAGGCCCGGAGAGUCUGCUGAAGCACCUGCGCACCGUGCACCAGAACUCCAUCUUCCACUGUCCCACACAGGCCCAGGCUGCAGUAGCCCAGAGCUUUGAGCGGGAGCAACUGCACUUCGGCCAACCCAGCAGCUACUUUGUGCAGCUCCCACAGGCCAUACAGCGCUGCCGAGACCACAUGAUACAGAGCCUGAAGUCUGUAGGCCUGAGGCCCGUGAUCCCCCAGGGCAGCUACUUCCUCAUCACAGACAUCUCGGAAUUCAAGAGCAAGAUGCCCAACUUGCCUGGAGCUGCAGAUGAGCCUUACGACAGACGCUUUGUCAAGUGGAUGAUCAAGAACAAGGGCUUGAUGGCCAUCCCGGUCUCCAUCUUCUACAGCGUGACACAUCAGAAGCUCUUUGACCACUAUAUCCGCUUCUGUUUCAUGAAGGAUGAAUCCACGCUCCAGGCCAUGGACAAGAAGCUACAGACGUGGAAGGAUGAGCUCAGGCCCUGACAUCACCCCCUGGGCCCUGCAUUGCCUGCUCCCUGCACACUCUGCAGGGCUCUGUCUUUGUCCAGGUUUCAGCCAUUCCCAGGUUGGGGGUAGAUGGUACUGGAGGAUCUCUUCUCUGUAACACAGAAUAACCUCAGGGAAGAGCCCCCCGUUUUGGUCUUGGGACAGUCAGGAGCACUUCCCCAUGGCACAUAGCUGUGUUCCUGUUGCAGAGGUGAAGGAGGCCUGACCGGGGCCUCUCCCUGGUCCUCCCUGUGCUGGGCUAUAUGGUCUUGGGUCCCCUCUGGCCUCCCCAGACUCAGCUGGGACUCAGAGGGCAGAGUUCAAUAGUGUACUGACCUUGGGUCUCAGCACUGGCCUCAGCCUUGCACUGGCCCCAGCCUUGCAUUGGCCCCAGCCAGGCCUCAGGCAUCCCUCCCUUUCCUUAUCUAAGCUUGAUUUUGGAAAGUUGCCCUUAGGCUUGACUCUUCAAGCCAGUACUUUUGCCCAUAAUAAAGUUUUAAGUUAUUCAAA